UUGAAAUGUUCGCUGUUGAGGAAGGUUUUCUAGGCACUUUCACACAACUGCCGAAUAUAAAAAGAUGCCAAUGUGGGAACCAGCAUCAAACACUUCGUCUGUUUAUCCAGAAGAGUAGCAGAAAUUCACCUGUUCAAGCAAAAAAUGAAAUUCAUCAUCGCUAUCGCUUUAAUGGCCGUGGCCCUCGCCGCACCACAAGAAGAUAAGAAGCCCAUCGAAAUUGUGUCAUCGAAUAGCGAAAUGAACGCCGAUGGCAGUUAUUCUUUUGCUUUUGAAAGCGCUGAUGGAACCAAAGUUUCGGAGAGUGGCAGUCAGAAACAGGUGGGUCCUAAACCCGAGGACAUUGGCACUGUUUCGAAAGGAUCCUACUCCUACACCUCCCCCGAUGGCGUUGUCCUUACCGUCAGUUGGAUCGCUGAUGAAAAUGGAUUCCAGGCAACUGGAGACCAUUUGCCUACACCUCCACCGAUGCCGGAACACGUCGUCAAGAUGCUUGCGGACUUGAAGGCUGCCGGUGUUCUUUAAAAAAUGAAAACUCACAAUACGUUCAAUAUGUACAUACAAUGACAAAUAGAAAAUGUUGCAUUCCCAGAAA